AGCAAUUUGGCUAGCACAAAAAAAAACAAGAGAAGCACUUUAUUUCGUAGAUAUAAUCCAAGUGAAUCCGAGCCUAUUAAAAACUGAUUUUAAAGAAAAGCUGCCAAGCAGAUGUUUUGUCAGAUUCGGACACCCAUAUUCUCUUAGGAGCCGUCCUGCACACAGCAGGCGUGGUUCAGCCCCUCCUAAACCUCAGAGGGAGAAAAAUGAGGGGCAAAACCGCGGGGGGACCCGGUGUUUCCUCAGGAACAGCCCCGCCCGAGCCAGCAGCAGCGACGGCCGGCGGCGUGCUACAGCCCUUUACCCCCCGGCAACCUACGUGGAGGGUCGUGGAAAGGGAGGAUGAGGAGCGAGGCGGCAGCUUCAAACUUCACGGCGGAGGGAGGCCACGCCACCCCCGCGCUGACGGGAGCGGCCCGCCGCUCAGGUGAGAGCCGCCGGCGGGGCGGGUAAGGGAGCUCCCCCCUCCCCUCCUCCCGUCCUCCCUCGGCCCCUGGGCGGGCCGGGGGGACCUGAGUGGAUGGAGCCGGCGUCAGUCAGGGGCAGGGCGCGGCCGGGCGGCGGGGAUGGCGGCCCCCGCCCGGCGCCGGGGCUGCAGUUGUGAGGAGCGGUGGCAGCAUGCGGACGGGAGCUGGGGUAGGAGAGCGGGGAGAGCCACCUGCUCAUCACAGGGGCGGCGGGCGGGCUGUGGCGGAGCCGGGCACCGACGAGCCUUCCGACCGCCUUCCCUCAGCGGGGUCACGGGUUUUUGGUUCGUCUGCUUCUUUCCAGGAGGCGGUGGGCGUCCUCUGCCUGGUCUCUCUCUUGUCCGCGCUGGACUACAAGUACCACCACAGCGAGGAGCUGGAGGCGUACCUGAAGGAGGUGCACGCCGCCCACCCGGCUCUCACCCACCUGCACAGCAUCGGCCGCUCGGUGGAAGGUAGAGACCUGUGGGUUCUUGUUCUGGGAAGGUUUCCAACCCAACAUAAGAUUGGCAUUCCAGAAUUCAAGUAUGUUGCUAAUAUGCAUGGGGAUGAGACUGUUGGGAGAGAAAUCUUGCUCCAUUUGAUAGAGCACCUGGUGACCAGCUAUGGACGUGACCCAACUAUUACCCGGCUACUCAAUAAUACCCGGAUUCACAUCAUGCCAACGAUGAACCCCGAUGGGUUUGAAGCUACAGUUGUGCCCGAUUGUUAUUACUCACGAGGAAGGUACAAUAAGAAUGGAGAAGAUCUGAACAGAAAUUUUCCUGAUGCCUUUGAAAAUAACAACAAUAUCAUUCAGCCAGAGACUCAAGCAGUGAUAAACUGGAUAAAAAAUGAAACAUUUGUUCUUUCAGCAAACCUGCAUGGGGGUGCCCUGGUUGCCAGUUACACAUUCGAUAACGGUAACUCAGUUACUGGCACAUCAAAUGGUUACAGCAGGUCUCCAGAUGAUGAUGUUUUUAUUCACCUGGCAAAAACCUAUUCUUUCAACCAUGCCAGCAUGUACAAGGGGACUGGGUGUGACAGCAAACAGACCUUCCCAGAUGGCAUUACCAAUGGGUACUCCUGGUACCAGCUGGAAGGUGGAAUGCAAGAUUACAACUAUGUCUGGGGACAGUGUUUUGAAAUCACACUUGAGCUGUCAUGCUGUAAAUAUCCUCCAGCAGAACAGCUGGAGAAAUUCUGGAGAGACAACAAAGUUGCUCUGGUUGAAUAUAUAAAGCAAGUACACCUAGGAGUCAAAGGUCAGGUUACUGAUAAAAAUGGGAAUCCUAUUCCCAAUGCAAUCGUGGAAGCCAAAGGGAGGCCUCACAUCUGCCCCUACAGAACAAAUGAGCACGGCGAGUACUUUCUUCUCCUUUUGCCUGGGAAGUACGUGAUCAAUGCUACGGUACCAGGAUUUAAAUCGAUGCUGAAGACAGUGGACAUACCUGACAACACCGCUAACUUCAGCGCUCUGAAACAAGACUUCUCAUUCCCAGAGGUCUCUGUCAAACCAAGACUUGCUUCGUGCCCCAGAACCCCCCUGUACCAGGAGCUCGAACGCUCGUCAGCUGCAGUAAAGCCAACUCUACAUAUCUUGGUUUUAGUGAUCGUUACAAUUUCCAUUUUCAAAUGAAGUCAGGAAUUACGUGACGUGGCAAAACCCUCCUGCAUCAAUACGGCUUCUGAAACAAAGAUUGUAUGUAAGAGAAUGUUAUUGUAAAGCUGAGAAUUUGGUUUAUAAUCGUGUUUAUUGCAUUUUGUAAAACAUUGCCUUGACAAUCAAAUGUUAUACUUUAAUUCGACUGUCACUUUUCUACAAUGAUACUUUACUUCAAAGAAAUACUGUACAGCCUAUGGAGAUGGUAACUGUAGGUGUUUGCUGCAGUGUUACAGACACUUGCCAAAGGUUCAAAAACAGCUUGGGAUUGUGCUGCAAAUGUUUCCCAGUGGUGCUCUGUUGGACCAGCAGUUUGUGUGCCCAUACACAUGUAAGCAAUUAGUUCCAUCCUAAUUUCUCAUAAUAAAGCCACUACUAUAAACGAAGACUGACACUUUUAACUGUACUCUUUCCUGUCUAGACAAAUGAGACUGAUCAGGACUGAAAUAACAUCAGUAACACCCGUUCUAAGAAAGGAUGCAGAGAGGAAGCAGUGGGAGGUAUGUGCCAAAGGGCUGUGUGCUGAAGGCUUGGUGCCAGCCUGUGCCCCCAGGCAGAGCUCAGAGGGAACACUCUUUUCAACAGUUCUGUCUAAAGUCUCUGAAAAAUAUACAGAAGUAGUCUUCUACAGUUGUAGAACAAUUUUUUUUUUUUUUUUUUAACUGAAUUUGAUCUGGAGCAGAACUAUAAUUAGGAAUGCUUCAAUAUGAAUGGUUGCAAUAACUGCAUCAGCUGUGAUCUGGUUUGUUUAUUUAAGAGCAUGUUUCAUGGCCCUGUUCCCUUGUUCCUCAGCCCCUGUAUGCCAUACAGCAAUAGCUGGAAGGCUCAGUUCUGCCAAAGCAAGCCUUGUGCAUAGGCACUGAGGGCUGUGCUACCAGCAUGGCACAGCAUGCACCACUCACUGAUUCCUUUUGCUUCAGCUGCUGCAAGUAAUUUCCAGGCUGCUUUGAAGCUGUUCAACAGCUAUCAGGUUAGUUAAUACCACUUCACAUGUUUAUUUUAAAACUUUAUCUGCCCCUUUCUUAAGCAAUUUAAGUAGUCACAAGAGACUGUGUUUGGAGAUGCCUGUAUUUUCCCGUACAGUCAAUGAGAUUGGCAGGAACACAGCUGUCCAUUGAUGCAAGUACAGCCCUGUAAGCACACCACUGUUAGUAACCCACACUCUUACCCUCUCUCCCGUUAAGAUAUUGCAAUAGGGCUGUGGCUUCUGAAGUUUAAGUGCACAUUGCUAUAAAAAGCCCAGUGCAGAUUCAGAUUGACACAGGUGUAUUUAAGACAGCAGACUGUUAAUGCCUUUGCUUGCCAUACCUCUUGGGUUGUCUACUUUUAAAAGCUGCAGAGCAUUCAUAAGUCAGAGGACAGUACCAGUGCACAGCCUUGCUUCUGAUUUUGUCACUUAUGGCAUGAGGAACAGGAGUUUACCAUCUCCUCAAAACACGUGCCCACCCCAGGAACCUGCAGUGCUGUUCUACAAUUAAAAAGAUGCAUAAAAAUCAAAUCAGAGACACAAAAGGAGCACCGAGGAGGAUAUAAACAUCUUUAUUUAAAGCUUUUAAACAGAUAAAAUGUUCGGUUUCCCCAGAAAAGGAAAAACUUGAAACACAAAUGUAGUACACAUUGGAAAUUCUUCUUGUGAAUGUAACUACGCUCUGUACAACGUGAGUGGAGAGCUGUAUCUUACUGAAUGAUUGGACAGAAGUAAACCCAGUAAGUCAUGGGGGCAGCCUACAGGAGUGGCAAAAUUGCAUAGUUUGUAAUCUCACACUCAGCUGUCUAUUUAAUAAUGAUUUCAGAUCCACCAAGUCAGACAACAAAGUAAGACUCUGCUUUGAGAAAUGCCAUUUAAUAUUUUAGGUGUUAUGUCAUCAGGAUGGUGACUGCUCAAUUUAAUUUAGCUCAAAAACAAAAACUGCCCCCUCAAAGCAACAUCUAGUGAAAAGGAAGAGACAACAUUUCCUAAAGUGUCAACAACAACUUUUACACAUACAAUAUAUGCGACAGAAAGACGUUCUCUUUUUCAGUGCACCUGUGGUAAGCAAGUAGACAUUAGUUGGAAGCAAUACUGCAAGAUGCAACCCUCAAAUAUUCCCCCAAGAGCACCCAUGCACCCCCUGCCUGCACCAUGAGUAACAAAGUGAGUGACAGUGAGCAGAGCUGGAGGAAGGUAAGAGCUGUGCUGCCCUGCAAGUCACUAUAUAAGUGCAUGUGCUCAAAGAUCUCUUCCACUGCUACAUAACACAGCAUCAACUGCCCAUCCUUUAGGCUGUGUUGCACAGCAAAGCACCUCCUCUGCCUGGGAUAAACACAACAGCAACUUCAGGUUAAGAUGAGAAAGAAUGUUUCAACCCAAUAGUGAUUCAUUUAUUCACCUCAUUUUGCUGUUUCAUUAUGCUUCUAAUAAUUUCCUACUCUCCCUCCUGUCAGAACACAGUUUACUGAAAAUUAUUCUUGUUGGCUUUCUCUAAGAAUGAGGAAUUUCUUUUUGUCCUCACGUUGGUCUUGUAGGGGAAAAAAGGAGACUUAAGUCCUUCCUCCAUGUAGUUUCACAUCCAUACAGAAAUUUCAGAGUGACAUCUAAACAAACACACGGGAAUUGGAACUCAGUGACAAAGUUGUACCAGGCUGUUAGAAAUAAAUGCAACACCUCACCAGUUACAUUUUGUAGCACCUUUACCCUCUGUAAAUCAGCCUCCUCACCGAAGCUACAGCCAGAGCCUCAGCAUGGCAGAGAUCACAUUGCCCAGUGCCACAAACAGACAACACUCACAACACUCCAUAGGAGCUGCUCUACAAAACCAACCUUUGCACAAACACUCGCUACCACCAGCAACCCAGCUACCUGCUUCAACCCCACACACUUCUAACAGAUAAUGGCAACGGACUUCUGUUGUAAUAGAGCUAAAGAUCCAGCAUUAAAGGUUCUCAAUUAAUUUACCAUUCACCAGACUCAGCAUUUCUCAGUAUCAGAUGCUGAACCAAAGCAUUUGGCAGCUGCUUCAAGUAUUUCAUUCCACACUUAGCAUUCUUGGAUAAAGAGAAAAGAGCAUUUAAUCCAAAAGUGGUUUUCUGGCACUCUAUUAAAAAAAAAAAAAAA